GUUUCGUUAUGGCUGCUGUUAUAAUUAAAUAUCUCAAAAUCUUAUUCACAUUGAAUUAAUCUUACAUUAUUAAGAAAUUGAGUUCAGUAUUAUUUCAAUUCAAAGAUUAUAUAAAAAUUUCAUAGAUAAAUUAUUUACUGAUUUUUGUUUAAUAAUUAUAGAAAAUAAAUUGUAGUUUAUAAAUUUUAAAUGAAGUUUUCUAUAGUUUGUUACUUUUUUUAUGAUUGAAAUAAUACACUGAGAAGCAUUUCCAUAUUUUCUAUCCCAGUAUGCUUCAUCCUUUUUCCAUUUUAAAUAUUUUCCAACAAUGUUUGAAAUGUCCUGGGAAGCAUUUAUUUAUCUGCAGAUCUACUUUGAAGUAUUUUAUGCCACAAUAUAAUUUAUCUACUUCUUGUGCAGCCAAAUAUAGUGGGAUGCAGAAGUAUCCUGAAAGAAGUACAAUCUAUUCUCUUUCCUAUCCUGCUGUUGUUGUGAUGAGAGUAUCAGGGCCUGAAGCUUCAAAAGUUUUCCUAAAAAUUGCAAAAUGGAAGAAAUUACCAGAAGAAAGGAAAGCAGUUUUGUGUAGACUGAGAGAUCCAGAAACAAAUGAGCUGUUAGAUAAAGCUUUAGCGUUGUGGUUUCCUUCUCCUGGAAGUUACACGGGUGAGGAUAUGUGUGAGCUUCAUCUGCAUGGCAGCAAAUCUGUCAUUAAAGGUGUUUUGAAUGCUCUUCAGAAAUUGUCUCAUUUUCGAUCUGCAGAACCUGGAGAAUUCACCAAGAGAGCUUUCAUGGCUGAUAAAUUGGAUUUGACAGAGGUGGAAGGCUUAGCAGAUUUGCUCAAUGCUGAAACAGAAGCCCAGCGAAGGCAGGCUUUGCGACAGAUGGAUGGAGGUUUGCAUAAGUUAUACACUGAUUGGACAGAUAGGGUUAAAAGGUGUUCUGCUAGACUUGAGGCUUUCAUAGACUUCGGUGAAGAUCAACAUUUGGAUGAAUCCAUUUUACCAUCUGUUCAGAAGGACUUAGAAGUUCUGAAAAAUGAGAUUUCUGCUCACCUCCAAGAUAAGAGAAAGGGAGAAAAAGUUCGAAGUGGUGUGUUCACUGUUAUAAUAGGAAGGCCUAAUGUAGGAAAAAGCACUUUAAUGAAUUAUCUUUGUCAAAAAGAAGUUGCUAUAGUGUCUCCAAUUGCUGGCACCACUCGAGAUACCCUUGAAUUCUCGCUGAACAUCAGUGGAUACAUGGUUAAUUUUUGUGAUACUGCAGGCAUCAGAGAAACUUCAGACACCAUUGAGCAGGAAGGAGUCAAAAGAGCAAAAGAAAGAUCUUCGAAGGCAGAUAUGCUACUAUUUAUUCUUGAAGCCAAAAGAACUUUAGAAAUGUUGUCAUUAAAUAAUGUUCCCAAUACAAAAGAAUUCAUACACAAAUUAUUAUCUGAAGAACUUGGUGAGAGUUACUUGCAGAGCAUAGUGGCAAAUCAACAUGAAGAAUCUAAUGCAAACACCCUUAUUCUUUUAAAUAAAAUAGAUUUAUUAUCUGAGGAAGAACUGAUGAAAGUAAAGCAGUUAGAAGAAAAGUAUUCUUCAAUAUGUGCAGUUUCAUGUAUAGAUGGAACAGGCAUGCAAAAGUUCAUGAAUGUUUUAUCAGAAAGAAUCAAGGAACUAUGCUGUGGACAUGCUGGUGAACUACCCACCAUAACUCAAGAACGCCAUAGAGUCUGUGUAAAGAAUUGUCUACAAGAUCUGAUUGAAUUUGAUGAAUGCAUUAAAUUGGAUAUUGCCAUCGCUGCCGAUAAACUUCGCCAUGCUAUGAAUGAAUUGGGGAAAAUUACUGGGAGAAUAAGAAUAAAUGAUAUUUUAGAUGUUAUUUUUAAAGAUUUUUGUAUAGGAAAAUAAAUUAAUUUUAAAAAGUU